AGAAGGCGGGGCGGCGGCGGCGCGCGCCCCCGUAACGCGCGCAGCGCAGGCGGCGCGGAUCGCAGGGAGCCGGUCCGUGGCCGGAACAGGGUCCUGGUUGUGAGUGUGGAACAGGGCUCGGCGGACACGGCCGCGAUGAACACGGUGCUGUCCCGGGCGAACUCGCUGUUCGCCUUUUCGUUGAGCGUGAUGGCGGCGCUCACCUUCGGCUGCUUCAUCACCACCGCCUUCAAAGACAGGAGCGUCCCGGUGCGGCUGCACGUCUCGCGGAUCAUGCUAAAAAAUGUAGAAGACUUCACUGGACCUAGAGAAAGGAGUGAUCUGGGAUUCAUUACAUUUGAUAUAACUGCAGAUCUAGAGAAUAUAUUUGAUUGGAAUGUUAAGCAGUUGUUUCUUUAUUUAUCAGCAGAAUAUUCAACAAAAAAUAAUGCUCUGAAUCAAGUUGUCCUUUGGGACAAGAUUGUUUUGAGAGGUGAUAAUCCGAAGCUGCUGUUGAAAGAUAUGAAAACAAAGUAUUUUUUCUUUGACGAUGGAAAUGGUCUCAAGGGAAACAGGAAUGUCACUUUAACCCUAUCUUGGAACGUUGUACCAAAUGCUGGAAUUCUACCUCUUGUGACAGGAUCAGGACAUGUAUCUGUUCCAUUUCCAGAUACAUAUGAAAUAACGAAGAGUUAUUAAAUUAUUCUGAAUUUGAAACAACAUAUUUUUAUACUUAAUGAAUCAUAUCUCAUUUAUCUCAUUUGCAUCUUCAUUUGUUUUUGGUUGUUAAUUUCUUUGUGGAGUUUUUUUUUUUUUUGGUAUAUGACCUAACAUCAAAAGGCAUAUUUGAAGGGAAAGGUUAAUGUGCUACUUAAACUUAAUUUUACAAUCAAAACAAAUAAGGCCACCAGAGUGGAGUAUUUUAUAAGAAUAAGAAAAAUAUAUAAUAAGGAUUUGUAAAAGAUUUGUAUUUCCAUUGUUCUUAAUGGAAUGUAAGUGAGCAUGAAGGGCAUCUAACAUUUUAGGUGCCAGUGGAGUUAGAAAAACUGUUGUAUGCCUUGCGUUCAUGCCAGUCACAGUGGAUGUGAUUUAGAAGUAGACAUUCUCUUUUUAUCUUUUGGGUAUGUCUGAUUAUUGGCAACAUGAUUCUUUGUGAGAAGUCUGGUUUAUGGUUUACAAAAUAGCCAAACGUGAUGGAAUUUUAUUCCAUUUGUCUUAGGACUAUCCAUACUGCUUGUUUUUCUUACAGGUGACUAGCAACUUUCUCCACUUAAAGACUAAAUACCUCUUUAUAUGCUGUAAAUCAUUCUAACUCAUUUUAAAGUCUCAUAAGUCAACCAAAUGUGUGUCUUUCAGUGCUUUCUCUAAAAAUGUUCCUUCGUAUUAUAUCUUUCUGUGAAUUUUUAUCAUUGCCAUUGAAAGUUGAAAAGUUUGCACGGUUUCCCCUCUGAGUUAAAUUUGUUAUAGUGAGCAUGCUUAGUUGCCACUGAGUGGUAAUUAUUUAAAAUUUUCUGUAAGUCCGCAUUUUAAUAAUUAUUGGGCUAAUAAUAUUUGUUGAUAUGUGUUUCCAUUUAUAAGCAUUCUCCUGUAUUUAACUGUAAGUUAUCUUCAAUAAUCUAAUGAGGUAAGUAGUACAUAUGUUAACUCUUUGCAAAUGAAGAAACCAAAACCUAGAAGUUCAGUGAAUUGCUCGAAGGUUAUAUAGCAAGGAAGGGAGUUAAAUCUUGAACUCAGAUCCGAUUCUAUUCUCUAAGCUUAUCCUUUCUCCUGUACCUCAAAUUACAGACUAAUCAAAAUUCAUGUAUAAUUUUCAUUACAUUUUUUGUUACCCUGGACACCCUUUCUACCACUCCUAGAAGAGGUUUUCCAUCCUGUAUGGAAGUGGCUAAUUCUCAGAUGCCAACACCUUUAUAGAGGUAAUACUGUACUUCAUUCUCUGCAUAAAUUAGUUUUACUUGUUAAAGGUAUAAGAAUUCAAAUGUAUGUAAAAAUAAUUUAGAAAUUUAAGUAGAUGGUAGUAAAUGGUUGACUAUAUGGUCAUAUUUAACAUCUUUUUCUAGAGAGAGCAAAUAAACAUCCUCAAAGGAAGCAACUACAAAUGAUUUACCCUUAAAAGCAGUAACCGAAAGGGCUAAUGUUUCUAACAAUAGUUUAAAUUAGUAGCAAACGUUUGUUAGAUUUAUCUCAUAUAAAAUACAUCACCAUUUAAUUACGUUAGUUUUAAUACCUUUGUGUAUAGGGUCAUGUGUUCAUGGAAAAGGUCAGAGGUGUAGCGCCAUGAAGACUAGACUGGGUUUGGCUCCCAGCUUUUUCAUUAAACUUUUCAGGGUCUCGGUUUCUUUAUCUGUAAAAUGUUAGAGUGGGACUAGUCAAUUUAAAUAGUGGUUCUUUUACACCACACAAGUCUAUAAAAUUUGUUGUAUCUGUUCAGCAGAGAGAUUGAACAGAAAAGCACCUUAGUAAUAUGAAAAAGGAAGAUGAUUGAAAGACUAAUAUUUAAUUUAUAUUGAUCUGACUCUUUCUGUUAGGCUUUACACCCAGAAAAUUUCUUCAUGUGGUUUGUACAAGUAGACUUGGAAACUUAAAAUAGGUAAUGUCAAAGCUUAAAAAUUGGGUAUGUUCUCAUUAAGGAAGACAUGCACAAUAAGCCUGCAGUUUGAGCUGGACCUGCUACUGGUUUAAUAGUUCAUUUUACCUCUGUGAUGAGAGGAUGUUAGUUUGGAUAUGAAUGUUGAAAUUUACUUGAGUUGCAGUUUAUUUGACAAGCCCACCCACUUUUUUUGGAGUUUGGUGAGGACAAGGUUUCUACUAGGCAUAACUAGCACAAUGAAUCAAUAGUUUUUUGCUCUUACUUAACUAAGGAAAACUGCUCAGGACAAGAAUACUCCCACGUGGAAUAAGAAACCUCCGUCUCAGGAACUCAUUUUUGGGUGUGCAUGGCUAUGCUAAUUUUCCAUGAUUCUACAUUAAAAAAGAGAAAGGACUUAAUGUUCAGUUUGAUAACUGUAUCUUCUACCUUAGCAUCAGUGUUUUAAGUUUCAUAAAGUCUCCGCAAAGACCCAAGGCUUCAGACCUAUAGAAUCCUUAGUAUGAUUAGAAAUGUUGAGCCCAGAGGUGAUCAAUUGCAAGACACUUACCUAAAGUAGUUAUGGUUAGAAAGGAGUUAAUUUUAACGUGUAAUGCUCACAUAACUCCUUUCUUUAGCAGUUUAACCUAAAGUAGCUGUAACAGUGUUUUUUAUUCCCCCAGUUGACUACAUUUGGUUUCUCUGCUGAAAGGAAAAUAACGGAAAACUUCAGAAAUUCCUUGGGGUGUAAUACAAAAGUGGGUUAUUUUGAAUUUCCUUUAUUGAAAUUAUUUUAUAGUUCUCUGGUGGGUCUGGCUAGCCUAGUAAUAGCACCAAGAGAUGGGCUUUAGAUUAUAAUGAACUUUUUUCCACUAUUCUGUCUAAAGCUUAGUCUAAAGUUUUGGAUCUUUGGGGUAUAGGUUAAUGGAGGUAUUUUAUAAUUUCUUGAAUUGACAUGAGAGAGGCUUUUUGAGGGAGGGGAACCAUAACUGUGAACUCUGGUAGCAAAUAAACAUCCAUUUCAGAAGCUUUCCUUGCUUUUAGCAGAGAGCCUGUGUAUAUUUUAUGUGACUGCCAGUGGUUUAAAGAGAUCUGUUUCAAAAAGUUGUUGCAUGUUCUGAUGCAAUUUGGGAAACUGUUUACUUCACAAAAACAGAUUAAUAAGAAAAAGGUUAAUGAAAAUAUUGAAGAUAUGUUUGAGGAUUUUCUUAAUUGCAAUAAAUAGCAUUUUUUUCUAACAAAUGAGUUUUGUUUACCAGUAAAAGUGCAUUUUAAAAGAUUCUCAGAUAUGUGCUUUUUAUGUGAAGCUGCUGAAUUAAAAAAGGGAUGAAACCCAGUCUAGUAAGCUUAAGUUUUUUUCUUUUUUCUUUCUGUUUUUCUUUUCUUGCUCUCUGGCUCACUCCCUUUUUUUCGUGUGUGUGUGUGUGUGUGUGUGUGUGUGUGUGUGUGUGUGUGUGUGGAGUGAGUGGGGGGAGGUUAAUUACAUCUAAAAUCUCGAGAGAGAGAGACUGUAUGCUCCUAUACUAGACUGUAAGCUCGUUGAGGGCAGUCUUGUUGGAUCUGUCUUUGUAUCUUCCCCAGCGCCUAGCAUAGUGCCUUGCACACCUAAUAGGCGCCCAAUAAAUAUUGAUGAUGAA